UUGAAAAGCUUGACAUAGUUCAGAUCAUUACAUAUCAGCAAAAUUAUGAGUGGUUAUCUUCUCAUAACAUUUCAAGUACUUGUAUUGCUUUUAUUGAAAACCUCAGAAUCCACUCUCCCAUUAAAUUGGCCAAGUGAAAAUGCACAAGUAAAGUGCAAAGGGAAGGAAAGACAAGCACUUCUCGAUUUUAAGCAAGGCCUUCUAGAUGACUCUGGCUUGCUAUCUACUUGGAGGGAGGAUGAAAAUAAUGGAGAUUGCUGCAAAUGGAAAAGAGUUAAAUGCAACAAUAAAACAGGUCAUGUUCAAAUGCUUGAUCUUCAUGGUCAAGAUGCACAAUAUUUGAUAGGAACCAAUAUCACUGCAUUGACUGAAUUGCAAUAUAUGGAAUACUUGGACCUCAGUUGGAAUGAAUUUAUUUACGCUAACAUCCCAAAACUCAUAGGCUCCUUAACCAAGUUAAGAUAUCUCAAUCUGUCAUAUUCUGAAAUUGCUGGGAGGAUUCCUUAUGAAAUAGGGAAUCUCUCAAAGCUGGAGUAUCUUAAUCUUGACAAUAAUCAUCUUUUUGGAGAAAUUCCUUCUCAACUAGGGAAGCUUAUGCGUUUACAAUAUUUGGAUAUAAGUCAUAAUGAUGAUAUUGAUGGUGAAAUCCCUUUUCAACUUAGAAAUCUCUCACAUCUAUGGUAUCUUGAUCUUGGAGGAAAUUCACUUUAUGGAGCAAUCCCUUUUGAGAUUGGGAAUCUUUCUAUGUUGCAUACUCUUAAGCUUGAUGGCAAAUUUGAUGUCAAAACUAUUGAUGCAGAGUGGUUGUCUAAUCUCUAUUCCUUAAGAAAUCUUGACUUGAGAUCAUUGCAUAAUAUUGGCUCCUCUCAUCACUGGCUACAAACUCUUAGUAAGCUCAUUCCAAACUUAAAGGAAUUGAGGCUAGUUGGUUGUAGUCUUUUAGAUUAUGAUAUUCGAUCUUUGUUCAAUUCUCAUUCAAACUAUUCCACUUCUCUCACCAUCUUGGAUCUAUCUUCUAAUAUGUUGACAUCAUCAGCAUUUACAUGGUUGUUCAACAUUAGUCUUAAUCUUCAAGAGCUUUAUCUUUCACAUAAUAAUUUUGUUUUGUCAUCUCCUUUCUAUCCGAACUUUCCUUCUCUUGUGAUCCUUGACCUCUCUUACAAUAAUAUGACAUCAUCAAUAUCACAAGGUAAUUUUAACUUCAACUCCAAUCUUCAAGAACUUCGGCUAAUAAAUUGUAGUCUUACAGACGAAAGUUUUCUCAUGCCGCCCAUUUCCAUUUCAAAUUCUACAUCUUCGCUUUCUACCCUUGAUCUCUCCUUUAAUAUGUUAAAAUCACAAACUAUAUUUCAUUGGCUUUCUAGCUUCACCACCAAUCUUUAUUUCCUUUACCUUUCUGGUAACUUGUUAGAAGGUCCUAUACCAGAUGGAUUUGGGAAAGUAAUGAACUCUCUCCAAGUUCUUAACCUUUCCUCUAACAAACUACAUGGUGAGAUUCCAGCUUCCUUUGGGAAUAUGUGUACAUUGCAAGAAUUAUACCUCUCAAACAACAGAUUCAGUGGGGAUAUUUCUAGCUUCAUUCAAAAUAGUUCAUGGUGCAAUAGACACAUUUUUAAUACUCUGGAUUUAUCUUAUAACCAGAUCACAGGCAUGCUACCAAAAAGCAUUGGAUUACUAUCUGAGCUUGAAUGUUUGUACUUGGAAGGGAAUUCUUUGGAGGGUGAAAUAACUGAAUUGCAUUUCACUAAAUUUUCCAACUUACAAUGGUUAACCUUAUCAUACAACUCACUGUCCCUAAAAUUUGUCUCUAGCUGGGUUCCUCCUUUCCAACUGGUAGAAUUGAGACUAGCAUCUUGCAAGUUGGGUUCAAGAUUUCCUAAUUGGCUUCAGACUCAACGUUCCUUAACAAUUCUAGAUAUUUCUGAUUCUGGGCUCAAUGACUCUGUACCAGAAUGGCUUUGGAAUAACUCACAAUACAUGGAGUUGUUGAAUAUGUCUCACAACAAUCUUGUUGGUGCAAUUCCGAACAAACCAUUCAAGCUUCCUUGUGGACCAUCUGUAUAUCUGAAUUCAAAUCAAUUUGAGGGUAAAAUUCCAUCUUUUUUGCUACAAGCUUCAAAGUUAAUGCUCUUCGAAAACAAAUUUUCUUAUUUCUUUUCAUUGUUGUGUGACAAAAGCAUAGCUGUAUACUUGGGAACUCUAGAUUUAUCAAACAAUCAUAUCAAAGGGAAACUGCCAAAUUGUUGGAAAUCUUUAAAGUUACUAUUGUUUCUUGAUUUAAGUAAUAAUAAUUUGUCUGGGAAGAUUCCACCAUCUAUGGGCAACCUUGGUAAAUUGGAAGCUUUGGUUUUAAGAAACAAUAGUCUAGAGGGUGAACUACCUUCCACUUUAAAGAAUUGUAACAGUUUAAUGCUGUUGGAUGUGGGUGAAAAUUUGUUCUCUGGUCCAGUACCAUCAUGGAUUGGAGAAAGUAUGCAGCAACUGAUAAUCUUGAGCAUGAAAGAGAAUCACUUCUCUGGAAAUAUUCCUAUCCAGCUCUGUUAUUUAAGGCAUAUUCAAUUGUUGGAUCUUUCAAGGAAUAACUUAUCAAAAGGAAUUCCAUCAUGCUUAACGAAUUUUACAGCAUUGUCUGAAAAGAACAUUAACUCAACUGAAAUUCAAAGUCAUGUAUAUUGGUACAACAGCACUUAUGUAGAAAAUUAUGGUGGUAUUACUCAGGAUGGUUAUACACUCAACAUAACGUUGAUGUGGAAAGGUGUGGAAUAUGGGUUCAAGGAUCCACAGGUGAGACUUAAGAGCAUUGAUAUCUCGUGCAAUAGUUUAACUGGUGAAAUACCAAAAGAAGUUGGAUAUUUGCUUGGAUUGGUUUCUUUGAAUUUAUCAAGAAACAAUUUGAGUGGAGAAAUUCCUGCUGAGAUUGGGAAUUUAAAGUCACUAGAAUUUCUUGAUUUGUCAAGAAAUCAUUUCUUUGGCAAAAUUCCUUCUUCUCUUUCCAAAAUUGACCGUCUUGCUGUGUUAGAUUUGUCAAGUAACUCUCUCUCUGGAGAAAUCCCUUUUGGAAGACAGUUGCAGACCUUUGAUGCCUCUAGUUUUGAAGGAAAUCUUGAUCUUUGUGGUACACCACUCAAUAAAAGUUGUCCUGAUAAUGAGAUACUAAUACAGACUCAAGAAUCAACAAGACAUGAAACAAAUGAUAUUUCAGUUUUCUACGAAGCAUUAUACAUGAGCAUGGGCAUAGGAUACUUCACAGGCUUCUUGGGCUUAUUAGGAUCAACACUGUUUUGGAGACGUUGGAGAAAUGCUUACAUGAGGUUCUUAAAUAAAUUGACAGACUAUAUAUGCAUAAUGGUUGCAGUGAAUGUGGCAUAGUAUCACAUGUGGCUCAAAUGCUAGUGGUUUAUUGCGGAUCAGCUACGCACUUGUGAUGUGGGAUGAAAGCGUCAAGGAUUGCAGAAAGUGAAAUAUAUAUACUGUUGAAGUUUACAAUAUAUGUGUGAAAUUAACUUGCAAAUAACCGUUCCAAGAAACUUUAUGAUUUGGUAGUGUUUUAUUAGAUGAUCUAUCAGUAAGUUAUGCUAUUUUCCUUUGUAAGUUAAGACUACUGAUAUAUAAGAUAUGAAGGUUUUGCUUUCCAUCUU